UCAUGGUCCAACAUGGUGCUCUCAGCCACUGCCUCUCUGGCGCGGCGAGAUUCUCAAAGCAAUUCUCCAGGCGCGGGAAAUGGUCAGAAAAACGCCGGCAUUGGCAUUGUGAGCUUCCUGACGGCCAUCCUGGUCUCCGUCAUCAUCUUCUUUGUUCAACUGUUGCUUUUCAUGCUCUUGCGAAACAAGCUGGCCCGAAUCUUCAAGCCCAAGACGUAUCUUGUCCCCGAGCGCGAGCGAACCGAAUCGCCGCCAAACAACUUUCUCGUCAUGAUCAAGACCUUGAUCAUGUACAACGACCGUGAAGUCAUCAACAAAUGUGGACUGGAUGCUUACUUUUUCCUGCGCUACCUAAAGACUCUACUCAUAAUAUUCAUACCCAUCUGCGCCAUUGUAAUGCCCAUCCUGAUCCCCGUCAACUAUGUGGGUGGUCGUGGACAUGAUAUCGACUUUCACACCAACAGCACCGAUCCGGAUUCAAGCACCAACAGCACCGACCCCAGCUUCGUGCCCACGGGACUCGAUACCUUGGCUUGGGGAAAUGUCAAGGCAACACAGACUAGUCGUUAUGCUGCUCACUUGCUGAUGGCGAUUCUUGUCGUCAUCUGGGUGUGUUCAGUCUUCUUUUUCGAGCUGCGAGCGUACAUCAAGGUCCGCCAAGACUAUCUUACCAGCGCAGAGCAUCGGCUCAGAGCCUCCGCAACAACGGUGCUCGUCAACUCAAUCCCGCCCAAGUGGCUUAGCGAGGAAGGGCUUUCCGGCUUAUUUGACGUCUUCCCCGGUGGCAUUCGCAACAUCUGGAUCAAUCGUGAUUUGACUAGUCUCUUGGAUAAAGUCAAUCUUCGAAAUCAGAUUCACGCUCAACUUGAGGACGCUGAGACUGAGUUGAUUCGAACUGCCAAGAAAAAGCAGCUUAAGAGGAGAAAGUCUGAGGAAAAGAAGCAGAACAAGAAAAUGUCCAAGAAGGAAAGGAUAAAUCGCCAGGCCGAAGAAGAUGCCGAGGCCAAACGAAUGGCCAACAGCGGCGAAGGAACCAAUGACGGAAAGCGUCAUCACGUACCUCACACAGUCGCCGAGGGCGUCCGAGAGUCGCGGAUAGAAGAUAUGCACAAGAAAAGAAUGGAGAAAUUGCACAACGUCCGAGAGGAGUCCGAGGAGUCUUCUUCAGAUUCCGAUGACGACCGAAGGUCUAAUGUAUCCGAUGGUAGCAGCGUUGCGGUACUCAAGAAUAUCAAAGGCGCCUUCAACAAGGCCGGCGACCAUAUGGAUGAUUUCGGUACAAACAAUGGCUUUAUUACUUUGGCACGCAAGCAAACUCUUCCAGACGACGACGGCACUCGAGGUUACCAGUCUUUUGAAGUUAAGCGAACGCACACACAUUCGCGCGGAGGGUCUGGGGCUUCAGCCAGUUCAACAAAAGCCAUUCGCCAAGACGGCGUGACCACGGUGGAAGGAAACACAGUUCGAAAGCUCGAGAACAUUGACGACAUGUAUAACAUGGAAGAACCGAAAUUCUGGGAAUUCUGGAAGACGCCUGCUGGUGGAUACGCCUCGCCGGUUCCUCAGCAAAACGGGGGAGACGACUACAUUGGUAAGCAAGGGCCUGAGAAACGCACGGUAUGGCAGAAUAUAAAAGGCGUCCUCCCUUUCACCAGCGAAGGGGCCAUAGAGGAAGGCAACUACCCUAGCGUCUACUUUAAUGAAGAUUACAAAGAGGAUGAGGAAGAAACUCAGGCAGAGUGGGCAAAACACAUCCGGAAAAAGGACCGUCCCACUCACCGGUUGCCGCCCUGGGGUGUAUCGUGGCUGCCUGGCCUCCCAUUGUUUAACCAAAAGGUCGAUACCAUUUACUGGUGCCGAAAAGAAUUGGCUCGACUGAAUAUGGAAAUCGAAGAAGAUCAGCAACACCCCGAACGGUUCCCCCUGAUGAACUCGGCUUUUAUUCAGUUCAACCAUCAAGUGGCUGCUCACAUGGCUUGCCAGAGCAUCAUUCACCAUAUCCCCAGGCACAUGGCGCCGAGAGUCAACGAGAUUUCUCCUCGCGAUGUCAUCUGGAGCAACAUGGCUCUCUCGUGGUGGCAAGAAUGGCUUCGCACCGGUGCCGUCACUCUCAUUGUGGUGGCCAUGAUUAUCCUAUGGGCUAUUCCCGUUGCUUGGACGGCCGCCUUGGGCCAGCUGGACCAACUGAUUCAACAGACUUCUUGGCUAGCUUUCCUGAGGGAAAACUCGGCGCUUGAGAAUGCAGCCAAGGCUCUUGCGGGUGUUCUUCCGGCUGCUGUGCUUGCUCUGCUCCUGUUCCUCGUCCCCGUCAUCUUGAAUGUUCUCGCCGAGAUCAAGGGCGCCAAGACGGGAGCACAAAAGUCGGAAUUCGUGCAAAUCUUUUACUUUGCCUUUCUCUUCGUCCAAGUUUUCCUCAUUGUCUCCAUUGCGUCCUUCUUUGCUGCGUCUAUUGACAAGCUGGUCGACAAUAUCACGCAGCUAGACUCAGUCAAGGCCGUGCUGGAUCUGCUUGCCACAAAUCUGCCAAAGGCUGCCAAUUAUUUCUUCUCUUACAUGAUUCUUCAAGCCAUGUCCACCAGUUCCGGUACGCUGUUGCAGAUUGGAGGCCUGUUUGUAUGGUUCAUCUUGGCUCGGCUGUUUGACAGCACCGCACGUAGCAAGUGGUCUCGAAACACGUCGCUGAACGAUGUCAACUGGGGAACGUUUUUCCCCGUCUACACCAACUUUGCCUGCAUCGCCAUCAUCUACAGCGUUGUUGCGCCGCUCAUUUCCAUCUUUGCAGUCAUCACGUUUGGGCUCCUCUGGUUCGCCCAGCGAUACUCUAUGCUCUACGUUACUCGGUUCGAAGUCGACACCGGCGGUGUGCUGUAUCCCCGGGCAAUCAACCAAACGUUUACGGGCAUUUAUGUCAUGGAGCUUUGCCUGGCUGGAUUGUUCUUUAUCGUGGUGGACGACGAGGGCACUCACACUUGCACGCCACACGGCAUCGUCAUGAUUGUUGUGCUGAUUUUGACCAUUCUCUACCAAGUUCUAUUGAACAUUUCGUUCUCGCCUCUGUUCCGAUAUCUGCCCAUCACGUUUGAAGAUGAAGCAGUACUGCGUGAUGAAGCCUUCCAGCGUGCUCAGGACCGCCGCUUUGGGCUUGGUGACGACUCGGACAAUGAAGGCGACGAGGUCGACGGGAGACCAGGUGGUACAGCAGAGAAGACCUCCAGCUCAAUGGAGAGCAGUGGUGAGGACAUUGAAUUGAGCAACAUCCAGCAUCCAGGAAAGGGGAAAGUAAAGGGCCUCGCAAAUCCCGUGAAGAAAGUGGGAUCUUGGGCCAAGGGAGGCGGGAAGCAAGUAGGAACCUGGGCCAAAGGAGGCGGGAAGCAAAACAACUCUCAGGCGGCCGAGUACCGACGAAAACAGCGAACCAAGGAUAUCGAGGGCCAGCGUGCCAUUGGAGAAGCGCUAUUCGGGGGCAUCCACGACGAAAUCGAGGAUCUUACCCCCGACGAGAGAGAUCUCCUGGUGCGACACGCCUUUCUCCAUUCGGCACUGCGAGCGCGUCGACCUGUCGUAUGGAUUCCUCGCGACGACCUGGGCAUUAGUGAUGAUGAGGUCCGCCGCACGAAGGAGUACAGUGAGCAUGUAUGGAUCAGCAACGAGGGUACGGCGCUGGACAGUAAAGUGCGUGUGGUGUAUGGAAGGUACCCGCCGGACUUUUCAGAGAUUGAUUUGAUUAAUUUGUGA